CGGGCUUAGGGGAAAGGAGAAUUAUGUUGUGUCACAAGAUUAAAGUAUUAAAUAUGUAUUGUUUCAUAACAUAAAAUAUUUGAAGGGUAAUUAUUUCCCAGAGUGAAUAUUAAAGUUUUUAAAUGGUUUGAGCGUAUCAUAUUUUAAGUCGUUAAGGUUUAGUAAACGCCUACCAUCUUUAGUUUGCCAUGUCAAAUACUGAUUAUCUUGUGCGCGUAAAGGAAGAACCAAGUACUUCGAGAUCAUCAGUAUGUUUUGUGUGUGGUAAAGAUGGAGUUGAUCGUAGUCUCUAUUCUAAACCAAGACAGCAAGGACCUUUUUUUCCAUUUCUUGAGCACCAUCCCCCUCCUCAAGGAGCCAAUCCAAUUGGACCUGAUGGUAUUGUGUCUGCUUGUUUAUUGUGUUAUUCUUUUUUGACACAACAGUGGGAAGCCUAUGAAACAAAGAGAAUUUCAAACAGUAAAAGGAUGUAUUGGCUUAAAAGAUUUGAUAAUGAACCAUUUGCUGGUUUGGAACAAGGCAUGCAUGUAGAAUAUGCUGGAAACUUUUUUGACCUCGGCUCAAAAACUCCACCCAUAAAUAGUUUGAAACUUGAUUUUACAGAACAGUUACCCAGUGAUAUGUCUCAUGUGACAGAUAUUGUAAAUGACAAUAAAGUGAAAAGAUCGUCUGAAAUAGACCAUGGAAUUAUCUCGGAAGAUGACAGAGCGCUUGACCUCAGUGUCUCAGAUCGAUUUUGCAGAAACUCUGAAGUUACACUGUCAAAACUGUCAGCAGAAAACAGUAAUAUUAAUGUGUGUUUUGUCUGUGGAGAGUGUUGUUCUAAUGGUACUUUAAUUGAUGUUUUUACUAAACCUAUUUCAAAUUGUCCAUUUUUUCCUAGCUUAGCACAACAUAGAGCACCCUUAGGUGCAAAACCAAUAGAUUCAUCAGGAAAGAUUGAAGUAUGUAAAGCUUGUCACCAACACUUACUUCAACAGUGGGACUUGUAUCAACUUUAUAAUGUUAAUCAUGCUGAAAAAAAUCAUCAAGUAAAGAAAUCUACAUUUUCUGGUAGUCAUCUUGUUUCACAGAAACGUGCUACUUCAAGAGAUUCCUCUAAUUCUUUUGUGGACCAGCAAGAAUUCACUUGCUUUCUUUGUGGUUUUCGUAAUAUAUCGGAAGAGAUUCAAGUUGUGUUUUCAUGUCCAACAAAUAACAAAGAACCAUAUUUCACAUUUCUUAGGAAAAUCAGACCUUCUCUUGGUGCCUCACCAUUAUCAAAUGAUGGAGCAGCUCUUAUUUGUUCCUGCUGUUACAGAAAACUGUACUGUCAAUUUCAGGGCUAUGAAAGGUCCAGAGUUCCAGAAGAGAAACGAUUGUACAAGAUUACGAGUGAUGCUCCAGUUGAGUUAACUAGUGUUUUAAAACUUCAUUUAACAGGAGCUUUUAAACCUGGUUCUAUGCCCUCUUUCUCAGGUUGCUAUUUAUGUGGCAAAUCUAUGCAAGUAGAUAAACUAAUAUUUCUGAACACUAAGCCUCAAACUGGAGCCAUGUUUUUUUCAUUUAUUAAAGAUUUGCCCAGACCAGUUGCAGCAAAACCUCUCGACUCUGAAGGGAGAAUUCUUGUGUGUGUUGAGUGCCAAACUUUUAUGAAAACCCAAUGGGAAGCAUUUGAAGCUGUUAGAAUGCCAAAUGAAAAAAGACAAUAUAAAAUACCUUUUACAAAAACUGUAAAACUUGAAAGUUCAUUAACGUCAUGUGGUUCAUUUCAUGACACUUCAUCACAGGUCUCUAACCCCCAAGUUCAAAUUUCUCUCCCAGACAGAUAUGUUCACAAUAAAAAUGCAAGCUUAACCCAAAAUGAAGUGCUGUUAACUACAUUUAAUCCUGUAACCACAACUCACACAUUACCACAGUUAGCAUACCAAGAUGCAGGUUAUGGACCAAGCACCAGUUCUUUCACAAAUAAGUCAAAAUUCAGGUUAGAUGAUGUAGUAACACCAGAUAAAACCCACCUGAGUAGAAGAAUUACUGACCCUUUAGAAGGUUGUUUUACCAAGCAGCCCCUGCUAUUUGCUGCUGUGUGUUUUGUAUGUGGAGAAUAUUCUUCAGCAACUCAAACCUAUUCGUUAUGGGCACAUCCAAACCAAGAAGAGACAGCUUUUUUUCCAUUUCUGUUGAAGCAUACACCUCCUAAUGGAAGUGAGCCUCUUAAAGAAGAUAGCAACUGUCUUGUUUGUACUUUUUGUUACCACUCAUUGACAGCUCAGUGGAUCGCUUAUGAAACUUCUCCUUACCCUGAAGAUGGCAACCCCUGGCAACGUCAGUACAAUACUUACCAUUAUGUGUGUUUUAUAUGUGGGAUCACAACUUACAGGAAGCGCACACGUUCCAUAUCUGUGGAAGAUUUCCCUUUUCUCAUUGAACAUCCCAGGCCAGCUGGGUCUCUAGCAAUAAAUAGAGGGGAAAGUGUUAUCACCUGUCUGACAUGCUUUGAGUCUUUAAUGUUCCAGUGGAAGGACUUUGAACGCAUGAAAGUCCCUGUUGAGCUUCGCAAAUAUAACUGGAUUGUUCUUCCUCCACCACCUGAGGAUGAUAGCUUCCAAGCUAAUCAAGAGACAGCCAGUUUACGUAGUGUGGCGUCAUCUACUGAGGAGGAUAGCAAACUUACUGACAACGUCGAAGAUAUCUCGGUCACUGAAGAGUUACCACAUGGCUCGAAGGCUCCCUCCCUAACCAUGCAUGCCCCUCCCAAACCUGGUGUUCACACUAUGGCAGCUGUUUCCCCCCUUCAUCCUGGGCAAAAUAUUAAUAACAUGAUUGGUCACUUCAGUGGAAGUAGCAAUUCUGCUUUGAAUGCCACCAGAACUUCGAGUUUUGCUGCAGCUCUUCGGAAACUAGCAAAACAAGCUGUGGAUCCAGUAGCAGAAAAAGACCUGCCAUCCAUUACUCCAGCAUCUUCACCUGUCAUUGUCUCAGCAUCAGGAACACCAAAACAUAUGUUUGCCUCAUCAUACCUGUCCAGUAAUGGUCCAUCAGCAUCUUCUGCCUCACCACCAGUGAUUACCAUCUCCCAUACUCCUAAUCAACUAGCCCAUUCCUUAGAAACUAGAAAAAGGACUGACCUAACAAACAUGGGUCACUUUGUUGGGAACAGCAACAGUGUACACAGUGAGAAAAGGCCCGAUUCUUACCUAGGGGCUAAAGAUAGCCAUGUCAUAUCUCAUCUUAGGUCAGAAUCAGUGGUAUCAGUCAGUAGCCAUCCAGACGAUGGUCGUCCGUCCACUCGUGGCUUUCAGCCUUAUAAAAGUAGUAGUGAUGGUUCACAUUCUCAUCCAUCUCAUAUCUCUCUGUAUGAUCGCCAUCCACCUGCUCUUUCAGUAUCUUACCCAUAUCAUUCGGCUUUCUUACCUCCAGCUCACUUUUCACACCCAGCUUAUGGACUUAAAGAUUCACCUUAUCUGGAUCGUUAUGGACUAAUGAGAACUUCCAUGAUGCAACUGCCCCAAGCUCCAGGCAUGCUACCCAGAACAAAUGUACCUUUUGUUACUAGUGGGUCUUACCCACCAGAUCUUCUGGGACAUUCUAUAGGAUUUGUUUCUUCUGGUAUUAAUGCAGUAAACCAAGAAAGAGUUCUUCAAGAGGAACAACACUUACAGGAAAGAGAGCGCGAAUUUAUUCAAGACAGGGAACGAGAUCAGGAGAGAGUCAGGGAUUGGCCAAAAACAAGGGAUCAAGACAUGCAGGGUCAAUGUACUGAAAAUAGAGAAGAAAGGAACCAUACAUCAAGAAGUCCAUUAAUUAUGUCUGCUUUAAGAAAUGAAGAGUCAAAAGGAAAGUAUGGUUCAAUCACUCAGGGAACACCUCGUGACAUAGUCAUUAAGAGGCCAUUUCAGGUCACUGUUCCAUCGUCAGCUCCUCUGAACUUGACAACAUAUUUGCCUGGGUCGAGAGAAACUUUAACACAUCGUGAACAAGACCUUCAAACACUACCUGAAGGAUUGGCAUAUAAGCAUCCAUUGUUUCUUUAUCAGGGUGUGAUCAUGCCAAAGAAAGUAUGCAAGAGAAGUUUACCAAGAACAGAUAGGACAACUGAAAGAAAAAUGGUUGACAUUCAUAGAAAUUCACCACUGCAUUCCGUUCAAGUUCCUAAAGAAGCGGACAGAACUUUGAAAAAGGAGCCUGAAAUUUUCAGACAUGAUUCAGUGGUUGGGACACAAGACUCGCAAUCGUCGGGAAUCACACUGCUGCAGAAAACAUUACAAGAUACCAAAGGUGUCAGUCCCAGAAAUAAAGCUCAUGAUUUUGAUGAUAGUACUGCCCAAAACAAGUUAUCCAGUACGACAAAUCAGAAUGGCAUAAAUAAAAGAGCAAUAAUUGGCAUAAAAGAACCUGCUAAGCAUAGAACAAGAUAUUUAUCUACAGGAAUAACUAAUAAUAUUAAGACUGAGGAAAAUUCUAACUUCUCAGGUAAUGAUAAAAGACAUAUUUUUUCAGAUGAAAGUCAUAAAUCUGGUGGCCUAAAGCAACUUAAUACCUCUAAUCAUAACCACUACUUGCCACCCAUUCCCCAGUAUUCAGUUUCUCAAAGCUCAAAGAGUGAAAGAAUGUAUGGAGUCAUUAUUGAUAAUAGUAGCAGUUCUUCUCAUGGGUCAUUGGAAUGUACUGGGAUUGAAACAACAGACAUUAUUUGCAAUACCCUUUCUAAAGUGGUAAGCAAAUUAGAUAUUGAAGAAGAAAGGUUGAAGAAAGCAAGACUCAGUGAAAAUUAUCGCAGUGAUGAUAGUGAUUCUGAUGCAGAGGAAGAGAAUCAAAGUAGGCUUAGAUAUGUUCUUGUAAUUAAAAAUGGACCUCCACUCAAACUGGAUUUAGACCCUAGGAAAUUAGAAUUCCUAGAUAUCCUUGGCCUGUGUACUCAUCAGAAAAGGAAAGAGAAAGAAUUUGACAAAUUUUUGAAAUAUAAGAAUAUUACCCAUCAACAAAUCAUCAUCCCAACUUUGAAGGAACCUCAGCGAUGUACUUCUCCCCUUGAUGAAGUCAGACUUAGCUUUAACCCUAAGAAUCUGUGCAAAGAAGAUGAUUAUCAUCAAAAAGUAGAAUUUUUAACAGUCCUUGACCUUCUGCCAACAAGUUCACAGAAAAUAGAAGAGGUGGAGAAUACCUGGAAAGUAAUUAAAAGUGAUAGAAUUAAAAGAAAAAGAAAAUAUUCUGAAAGAGAGGACAAGAAAAAAUAUGCUCCCGUAGUUAACAUCCAGGAGAAUGUACGAACAGUAUCUAAUGGACUAGAAGAUGAGAGAAAGCAGCCCAAAAAGUUGAUUUUAGAAGGUCCACCUCUCUUGUCUAAGCAACUGAAUGAAGAUAUUCAUGUUCCCUCUACUGUUUUUAAUCAUCCUGAUAUGAAGCAAACAGAGAAAGAAGUCAUUCCCAAAGCACAACAGACUAAACUUCCUUCUUUGAACCAUAAAGACCAGCCUUCCAAUGUACCUCUAGAAGUACCCAAUAAAAGUGUACUAAAUACACCAGUGUCAGUUAUACCCCGGUAUGAAGGAAGACGUUUAGAGAAAGACUUUGUACAGGGCUUUCAUGAGUCUGUGCUUCAGACCACUGAACUGCAGUUAGCUGAACAAAAACAGUUCCAGGCAAUAGACCAAUAUUCUCAGCAUAAUACAAGUCUAAAUGAAAACCCACUUGUUACUUUUUCUAAUAAAAACCUGGUCAACAGAGAAAGUAGAGGAGGGUUAGAGAGGUCUAAAGUUAGACAAAAGGAAAGUUACUCCUGGCCUGGCAUUGAGGCUGUAUUAGAAGCUUAUGAACACCAUCUAGCAGGUGAGAAAUUUAGCUGA